AUGAUUCCGGCGUAUCUCGUCUAUCGGCACUAUCAGAACAAGAGGAAGAUGCGCACCGACGUGCCGAUGGAGUCGCUGAACGAUAUCACCUCAAUUCAGUCACUUUUGACACCCGAUCGCGAAACUUUCGCGCUUCAAGGCGUUGCGGCGAAACGAAUCACGGAAUGCAACGAUGAGUCGGAGGAUUGCUAUAUCAAUGGCAAAUUAUCUCUUAUCGAAAAGCCAUAUGGUGUGAUGAUUGAAUGGGUUCCCUUGGAGGAGGAUGGAUGGGUUUUGGCCACUGAGGAUGACAGCGAGAAUCUUUCGCGAUCAACGGAUAGUGCUGAUUCACGGCGCGACUACAUCAACAAGCUCAAAUUCUCCGUUGACAUCAGAGAUCUGCGAUCAUUCCAGUGUGUGGAACCCAAUAAA